AUGCCCCUGCGGGGCAGUUGUGGACAGUCCUGGCUGGGGCUUGACACCACUUUUCCUCUUUCCUCCACAGGCUAUGGACAUGCUGCCCCGGGCACGGAUGCCGGCAAGGUUUUCUGCAUGUUCUACGCCAUCCUGGGCAUCCCCCUGACGCUGGUCAUGUUCCAGAGCCUGGGGGAGCGCAUGAACACCGUGGUGCGGCUGCUGCUCAAGAAGAUCAAGAAGUGUCUGGGCAUGAGGACAACCCAUGUCUCCAUGGAGAACAUGGUCCUUGUGGGCUUCCUGUCCUGCAUGGGCACCCUGUGCAUCGGCGCCGCAGCCUUCUCCUACUUCGAGGGCUGGACUUUCUUUCAUGCCUAUUACUACUGCUUCAUCACCCUGACCACUAUUGGCUUUGGAGACUUUGUGGCUCUGCAGAAGAACGAGGCUCUGCAGAAGAAGCCCCCGUACGUGGCUUUCAGCUUCAUGUACAUCCUGGUGGGCCUGACCGUCAUCGGCGCCUUCCUCAACCUGGUGGUGCUGCGGUUCCUGACGAUGAACUCGGAGGACGAGCGGCGGGACGCCGAGGAGCGAGCCUCGCUGAGGAGAGCCCGGAACAACAUCCACCUCAAGCCAAAAGAGGACAGCCGGAGCAGCAACGCCAUUUUUCUCCCCGUGGAGGACAGGACGAGCCAGAUGAACCUGAUCCCGCUGGUCCAGGAGGACGCGGAGAGGCAGCGGCGCCAGUCGGCCAACUCUGCGGCCGCGGUGCCCUCCUUCUGCACGUGCCUGUGCUACAGACCCCAGGUGUGCGGCAGCCCCGUGCCCUCCCACCCCGAGACCCUGAGCUGCCACACCAACCCCGUGUACUACAACUCCAUCUCCUACAAAAUCGACGAGGUGUCCCUGAGCACGCGGGGUCAGACCGGCUCUUCCCCGGGGAGCACUUUAUCAUCCAGCAGCCCUCGCUGCCGGCAGCACCCCCGGCUGCGCAGGAAAUCCAUCUAGGAGCGUGUGCCGAGCUGCACUCAGUGCUCGAGUCUUACCAUGAUGAUAAAUUAAGAACAGAGAUGCCAGGUUCUUCUUACUCUCUCAUUUCUUCUGUUCCUCUCCCCCUUCAGCUGGCAGCCAGCCCCACGAGGGUCCAGCAGGAGCCUUUAAACCCUGUUGAGAAAUAAGUACUCCUUUUUUGCAGGCACUGAAUGACAUUGUCGGUUUUUAUUUGCUUUUUCCUCCCAAGUAGGUUCAGGCAUUUGGGUCUGGCAAGAGCCCCCCUGGUGUGAAGCCCGGCAAGCUGUAGGUUUGCUUUCCCACCUCCCUGCUCCCCCAAGGGUGCAUUGCUGCUUUCCCACCCUGCCAAACCUUGGCUGUGGC